UUUCAAACACCGUUGAAAGUUUCCACCCGGACACCAAACAGAGACGCACCAGAGUGAAGCUGUGUGGCAGUCUGACCGGUCCGGGUAGACAAGUGGGUGAAAGGUCCAACAGUGACAGCAGCACACCAACACUUCUCACACAGUCGACCAGAGCGGAAAGUAAAAAUGUCUAAACAGCAGCCGAUCAGUCCGCUGAAGAACUUCUUCGCCGGAGGGUUUGGAGGGGUCUGCCUCGUCUUCGCCGGACAUCCACUCGACACCAUUAAAGUGCGUUUACAGACUCAGCCCAAACCCAAACCUGGAGAGAGCCUCCUGUAUGCUGGAACCAUUGAUUGUUUUAAGAAAACCUUAGCCAAAGAGGGUAUGAAAGGACUCUAUAAAGGCAUGUUGGCCCCGAUCAUUGGAGUCACACCCAUGUUUGCAGUCUGUUUCUUUGGAUUUGGACUGGGCAAGAAACUACAACAGAGAACCCCUGAUGAUAUCCUAACGUAUCCACAGCUGUUUGCUGCAGGGAUGUUGUCUGGUGUGUUCACAACGGCCAUCAUGGCUCCUGGAGAGCGCAUCAAAUGCCUCCUACAGAUCCAGGCAUCAACAGGAGAGGUGAAGUAUGCGGGACCUAUGGACUGUGUGAAGCAGCUGUACAGACAGUCUGGGAUCAGAGGAAUCUACAAAGGCACCGCUCUGACUCUCAUGAGAGAUGUUCCAGCGAGCGGGAUGUACUUCACAUCCUACGAGUGGUUGAAGAACCUGCUCACACCACCAGGAAAAAGAAUUGCUGUUGAGAUACCGGCUGGUUUGAAAGAGCUGCUGCAGGGAUACACAGUGGAGGUGCUUCGCCACAGGCCGCCAGACUUGGUUGAAUUUGCGUUGCAGCAUUUUACACAAAUUCUGGAGGGCCAAAGAAAUGACCAAAGAGCCAAGAAAUGCAGUGCCAAACCUGCACGGAAAGGAGUGACCUUUGAAACAAAGUCAAAUAAGCCUGUGACCUUUGAAACAAAGUCAAAUAAGCCCAACAAGGACGGCGAAGACGAGGAGGAAGGCGCUGUUAAGUCCACCACCAGUAAAUACAACCGCAGAGUUUCAGUUUGUGCAGAGGCGUACAACCCCGAUGACGACGAGGACGAUGACGCAGAGCCUCGGGUCGUGCAUCCCAAAACAGACGAGCAGCGUCGCAGACUUCAGGAUGCGUGCAGAGACAUUUUACUGUUUAAAACACUGGAGCAGGAGCAGUUCUCUGAGGUUUUAGACGGCAUGUUCGAGGUGUUGGUCAAACCUCAGGAACACAUCAUAGACCAAGGAGACGAUGGAGACAACUUCUACGUCAUAGAGAAGGGUGUGUAUGAUAUUUUUGUGCAGAAGGACGGAUUGAGUGUGUGCGUUGGAAAGUAUGACAAUAAGGGUAGUUUUGGUGAGCUGGCUCUCAUGUACAACACGCCGCGGGCUGCCACAAUCGUUGCAACACAGGAGGGCGCCCUGUGGGGCCUGGAUCGAGCCACAUUUCACAGGCUGAUUGUUAAAAAUAAUGCAAAGAAGAGGAGGGUGUAUGAGGCCUUCAUCGAGCGUGUUCCUCUUCUGAAGUCUCUUGAGCUCUCUGAGAGAAUGAAGAUUGUGGAUGUUUUGGGAGCCCGAGUGUUCAAAGACGGAGAGCGCUUAAUAACGCAGGGGGAGGAGGCUGACUGUUUCUACAUUGUGGAAUCAGGAGAGGUGAAGAUAAUGAUAAAAAGCAAAACGAAGGCCAGUCAGCAGGAUAACACAGAGGUUGAGGUGGCUCGUUGCUCUACAGGGCAGUAUUUUGGAGAGCUGGCGCUGGUCACCAACAAACCUCGUGCAGCAUCAGUUUAUGCUGUGGGAGAAACCAAAUGUUUAGUAAUUGACAUCCAGGCUUUUGAGCGUUUGCUGGGACCCUGUAUGGACAUCAUGAAGAGGAACAUUUCCCAGUAUGAAGACCAGCUGGUGGCACUGUUUGGCUCCAGUGUAGAUUUAAAACACUAAGACAUGUAAUUUUAAAAUAAAGUAGUAUUUAAGUCAAACAUAGCGACAGUGCAUCUAACACAUGAUUAUCUCUCCCUUGAGGUAAAUGUAACAUACAGCCUUCUGUUUUAUAUAAAGUGAAAAGUGUACUGUUCCUUGUACAACUCUGAGUUAAAAAUGUUUAGGUUGUGAAUAGGAAACAUCAUGUUUCUUGUGUGACAAACCCAAUAAUUACCUAAAGGAAAUCUGGACAGCAGUAAAAUUUGUGCUUAAAUAUGCCUCAUUGAUAAAAGAAGUCAGUUUACAGCAGGUGAGCUUCAGUUAAUCAACUGACAGUCCAGUACUGAGAGGGCCGUCACACUGUACCUUAGUCAAACUCGACAAGUCUAUGAAGCCUGUCACCGGCUCCUUUCAUAAAGCUCCUGAUUUAUCAUUUCAUGUGUUGUUCCUUUUAGGUGAUAGAACAUUUUGACAUGUGACAGUAGGAAAAGCACAGGUGUAAAUAAUAAAAUUAAUGACAGCUGAAUUUUUAUUUAGCUGCUUCCGUUUCAGGGUCCUGGUGUUGUUCAUGCUGGCUCACUGGGACACUCGAACAGAACAGAGCCAUCGUUAAAGUUAUUAGAAACACCUGUGCUUUUCUUUCUAUGACAAAUCAAAAUGUGUGCUUGUCUGAACCGUCACUAUCACUAAGUGGCAAAUUUUCUUGCUUGGGUGUGUGAUGGUAGUAGCAGCUAAUGUAGCCUUGAGCCGCUAGCAUCAAGCAAAGAUGAGUAGCUGGCUUUAGAGGUCUGGUCACAUCACCUCUUUCUAACUCCACACCCCCAGAUUUUUUUCAUUUUCAGACUUGUAGUCUUCAGCCCCAACAGUUAGUUAAAAUAGUCUCUCUGCUGCCACAAAAGGCUUUAUACAACUUUUUCACAUAUGUAGUAGUUCUCCCCAACACCUGUAAACAGACUUUGAUGUGGAAAAUCAGUGGAGUCCCUUUGUUUGUUUGUUUUUUACCUAAACCAGUUAUUUUAAGUUUGCUAAAAUGUUAUUACAUCUUAUAAUCAAGGUUUUAUAGGAACAAGCUACUGUCCCAUCAAUACAUUGGAACUGAGCAGACAGACUUUUUACAAUUGUUUUCAUACAGGAGCAAUUGUAAUUCAACUGAGGCCUCCUAAGUUUCCAAAUUAUAUGUUAAAUGAUUUAUAAUUGUUCAUAUUUGCUGUUUUUGUGCUGCUCAGUCACCACUUGAUUAUUUAAUAAUGCAAAAGUACCGUACCAUUUUCCAUUUGCACUCAUUAAAAGAAGCCAUCAGUAACUGUUAACAACCUCGUCUGUUGUUUACUUAAACCCUUGUUGUAUGGUAUGUAAUGUACGUGUAACCUUGUUUUUAAUGAAUGGCAUGUCUUCAGUAUUAAAAUGAGUGAACAUUCUUGCCAAAUAACACACAACAUAAAAAAUAAAAGGAUUAUAUCUUAAAUAUUCAAGUUUUCUGGAGUUUGUUUUAUUUGAGUUACAAAAUAUGAAGUGCCAUCAGCAGACUCAACAGGAGAGUUUGCUAACCUUCUUGUGUUACAAGUAUUUACAC